AUGACAUCGACGCCGAAAGGCUACCCCGACGCCGCCCGCCACCCCCGCCGUCGCCGUCGCCCCGCCGUCGCCAUUGCCCGCGCCUGCGCCCUCGUCGUUGCCCGCGCCCUCACCGUCGCCCGCUCACCUUCCCCGACGCAGGCCGCCCCGACGCGCACCGCCCCGGCCCGCCCUCGUCAUCAUCGUUGCCCCGCCGUCGCCGUUGCCGUCCUCCUCACUUGGUCCGUGGACUCCGUCCUUUCAUCGGUGAGGGUGGAGUGCCCGCACGAAGGCUGUGGGCUCUACGUCACUUACCACAAGCUCGCCGAUCACCAGAGCGUGUGCCCGCUCGCGCCCUGCAAAUGCCCUGUGCCCGUCUGCGGCUACGAAGGCCCGCUGCCGGCACUCUACCACCACAUCAGCACCGCGCAUCCCAUGCCCAUGCACAGGAUCCAGUACGGCAAGUUGCUCCAGCUACAAGUGCCACUGUCAGAGCCAUGGCUCUUGCUGUUCAUGGAGGAGGACCGCUGCGCAUUUUUCUUGGUCGGUGCCAUGCUCGACAUCGGCGUGCCUAUCGCCGUGUCGGUCGUCUGCAUCAGAGCGGGGGCGUCCCCACUACCGCACUACUUGGCCAAGCUGUGGGCAAACGGCCCACCGGGGGAGCCCAAAGGCACGACCGACGCCGUCAAGGUGGAAAUGGAGGUGACAAGCAGCAAGGAUCCUAGCGACGUCGACGUGCAGGAGCUGACCUUCUUGAUAGUUCCGCCCAAGCUGCUAGCCGGGGCUAAGCUUGUGUCCCUCCACAUUCAGAUUGACAAG